AUGGAGGACAGGAAAGUGAACACAAUCGCUGUUGUGUCAGUGAUCGCACUGAUAAUUGUCAUCAUCGUUGCUCGUGUAUCGUUGAAACUUUCAAGCGCUUUCUUCCUCAUUUGUGGUGCUGCUGUUGCUGUGAUUCUUGCUGUCUUUUCUUGUGUACUCAUCAGGCAACGUUACAAUCGCAGAAGGAGGUUAUUGGAGUCACAGUACAAAUCUGAAGGUCGAGAGCUUCGAAUAGAGUACAGUUUCUUAAGGAAAGUUGCUGGUGUUCCAACCAAGUUUCGAUACAAGGAGCUUGAGGAAGCAACGGAUGGUUUUCAAGCACUGGUAGGAAAAGGGUCCUCUGCUUCAGUUUUCAAAGGCAUUCUCAAUGAUGGAACUUCAGUUGCUGUGAAAACAAUUGAUGGAGAGGAACGAGGAGAGAAGGAGUUCAGAUCAGAAGUUGCAGCCAUUGCUAGUGUGCAACAUGUUAACCUUGUGAGGCUAUUUGGCUAUUGUAAUGCUCCUACAGCACCUAGGUACCUUGUUUAUGAGUAUAUUCCAAAUGGGUCUUUGGAUUGUUGGAUUUUUCCUUCAAAGGAAACUCAAACACGUCGUGGUGGGUGCUUGCCUUGGAACUUGAGGUAUAGAGUUGCCAUUGAUGUUGCCAAGGCACUUGCUUACCUUCACCAUGAUUGCAGAUCAACAAUUUUGCACCUUGAUGUGAAGCCAGAGAAUAUACUCCUAGAUGAGAAUUAUAAAGCGCUUGUUUCAGAUUUUGGUCUCUCAAAGCUUGUUGGCAAGGAUGUGAGCCAAGUUAUGACAAAUAUAAGGGGAACAAGAGGGUACUUAGCCCCUGAAUGGAUCUUGGAGAGAGGGGUUUCAGAGAAAACUGACAUCUAUAGUUAUGGGAUGGUUCUGUUGGAAAUAAUUGGAGGGACAAGGAAUGUGUCAAGGGUACAAGAUCCUAAGGACAAGUCCAAGAAAAAAUGGCAGUUUUUCCCAAAGAUUGUGAAUGAGAAAGUGAGACAAGGAAAGUUCAUGGAAAUUGUGGAUCAUAGACUAGUGGAACGUGGGGGUAUUGAUGAGAGUGAGGUGAGUAGAUUGGUAUAUGUUGCUUUGUGGUGCAUACAAGAGAGACCAAGAUUGAGGCCUAGCAUGGUUGAAGUGGUUGAUAUGCUUGAAGGGCGUGGGAUGGUGGAUGAGCCACCUGGUACUAGAAUGAUUCUUGUUGAUUUAUUAUCUGCAGAUGAAGACCCUGAAGAUCAUAAUAAUCUUGCAAGGUUAUUGACCUCUAUGUCGAGCCAUGAGGGUCGUACAUCUAUCUAUUCCAUGGGAACCACUAUUUUAUCUCCCAGAUAGCACUAUGCUUUUGGGGAUCAAAGGUCUUAAGGCAGUUGAUUCUGUUUUAGGGUCUUCUCUUCUUAUUUUUGGU